AUGGCGGUGGAGGACAGUGUGGUGCAGGUGGUGGUGCGGGUGCGGCCCCCCAACCCUCGCGAGUUGGAGAGUCAGCGGCGGCCUGUGGUUCAGGUGGUGGAUGAGCGGACACUGGUGUUUGACCCUGAGGAGACCGAUGGGGGGUUCCCUGGCCUGAAAUGGGGUGGCACCCAUGACGGCCCCAAGAAGAAGGGCAAAGACCUGACGUUCGUCUUUGACCGGGUCUUUGGUGAGGCAGCCACCCAACAAGAUGUGUUCCAGCACACCACCCUCAGCAUCCUGGACAGCUUCCUCCAGGGCUACAACUGCUCAGUGUUUGCCUACGGGGCCACCGGGGCCGGGAAGACACACACCAUGCUGGGAAGGGAGGGGGACCCCGGUAUCAUGUACCUGACCACCAUGGAACUAUAUAGGCGUCUUGAGGCCCGGCAGGAGGAGAAACGAUUCGAGGUGCUCAUCAGCUACCAGGAGGUGUACAAUGAGCAGAUCCAUGACCUCCUGGAGCCCAAGGGGCCCCUUGCCAUCCGCGAGGACCCCGACAAGGGGGUGGUGGUGCAAGGACUUUCUUUCCACCAGCCAGCCUCUGCUGAGCAGCUCCUGGAGAUGCUAACUAGGGGGAACCGUAACCGCACGCAGCACUCCACUGACGCCAACGCUACUUCCUCCCGCUCCCAUGCCAUCUUCCAGAUCUUCGUGAAGCAGCAGGACCGGGUCCUGGGACUGACUCAGGCCCUUCAGGUGGCCAAGAUGAGCCUGAUUGACCUGGCUGGCUCAGAGCGGGCAUCCAGCACCCAAGCAAAGGGGGAGCGGCUACGGGAGGGUGCCAACAUCAAUCGCUCCCUGCUGGCCCUCAUCAACGUCCUCAACGCCCUGGCCGAUGCAAAAGGCCGCAAGUCUCAUGUGCCCUACCGGGACAGCAAGCUGACCCGCCUGCUCAAGGACUCCAUCGGGGGCAACUGCCGCACAGUGAUGAUUGCCGCCAUCAGCCCCUCCAGCCUGGCCUACGAGGACACUUACAACACCCUCAAGUAUGCCGACCGGGCCAAGGAGAUCAGACUCUCGCCGAAGAGCAACGUGAUCAGUCUGGACUGCCACAUCAGCCAGUAUGCCACCAUCUGCCAACAGCUCCAGGCUGAGGUAGCCACCCUGAGGAAGAAGCUCCAAGUGUAUGAGGCAGCCGCCCGGUCCCCACAACGGGACCUCCCACCAUCCCCCAAGUUGGGUCCGCCACAACGACACCUUCCCAGCUCUCCCUUACCAUCCUGCCCUCCCAGUCAGCCCUGCACCCCAGAUCUCCAUGCGGGGUCUGGAGACCUUCAAGAGGAGAACCUGGGCACAGAGGCCCAAGUGGAGAGGGCCGUGGAAGAGAACUCUUCAGACCAGGAGCAGCCUCCAAAGGACAAGGAUGAAGGCCCAGUGGAGGAGGUUCCAACCCUGAUGCCAGAGCAGAACCUCAGACACCCACUGCCGGGGUCCCCUGGCCUGACCCUGCCGCCCAAGCCAGUCACAGACCACCUCUCACCCCAGAAGCUGGGCAGGGACCAUUCUAAGCAAUUGGCCCUGAAGGUUCUGUGCCUGGCCCAGCGACAGUACUCCCUGCUCCAAGCAGCCAGUCUCCUGACUCCUGACAUGAUCGCAGAGUUUGAGACUUUGCAGCAGCUUGUGCAUGAGGAAAAAGCUGAGCCUGAGGCCUCCAGAAUGCCUGGCCUGACGGGGGGGACAUUACUGGCUCAGGAGCUGUGUUCCGAGCUCCUUCCUCAUCCUCCUUCUCUCUUCCCAGAGUCUCCAGGGUACUCUGGUCCCAUGACCCGGACCAUGGCAAGACAGUUGAGUGGCCCCAUGCACACUCUGGGGAUUCCACCUGGGCCUGACUGCAUCCCAGCCCAGGCACCCCGACAGCCCAUGGAAAAGAAGAGGAGGAGGAGAACGAGCCCCUCAGAGCCAGACAGUCCCCCAGCCCCAAAGCGGGGGAUUAAGUGCCAGCACCAGUCCUUCCUGCCCUGCUUGAAGAGGGGGUCUCUGCCUGAGGCCCAGCCUUCAUUCGGGCCCAGCACCCCCAAAGGGGGAAGGACCUCAGCCCCCUGCCGUUCCCCUCGCUUCUGCCCAGCCACAGUCAUCAAGAACCAGGUGCCCCUGGGUCCUUCCGCCAUGCAGAACUGCUCCACCCCUCUGGCCCUAGCCACUCGGGACCUCAAUGCCACCUUUGAUCUCUCUGAGGAGACCCCCUCAAAACUCGGGUUCCACAAAUGUGUUGGCUGGGAGAAAGUCCCCCAGGAGCCGAACAGACUGGACCAGCCCUUCAUUCCCAGUGCACCCGCGCUCCUGUUCACCAUGAAGGGCCCCCAGUUAACAGCUUCCCUCCCUGGGACCUCAGCCUGCAGGAAGAGGCGCACUGUGAGUGCCUCAGUCUGUCGGGGCCGCAGCCGCAUCGCCCGCCUCCCCAGCAGCACCUUGAAGAGGCCAGCUGGGCCCCUUGCAAUCUCAGGUGACUGGCAUUGA